AGUUUACUGUCAGUGCUAAACAGAUUCUGAGACCAAAAUGAGGCAUAUUUUACUAACAGCAUUUAUUUUACUAUUUUAUGUCUUUAAUAUUCAAACCUCAUCAGAUUUUAUUUUUCCUGAUGAUCCAAUUUUAACAAACUUAAAAAGUCGUGCAGGUUUCGAUCAAUCUACUGUUAAAAAUAAAUGUCUGGAAUAUUCAGAUGAUGGCGAGUGCUUAAGAGAAGAAGAUAUUAAUUCUGAUAGAACCAUGUUGCGAUCACAAUGCCCGUUUGGAUACAAAAAAGAUAUCAAACAGAAGUGUCGGAAAACGCAGUAAAGAAUAAGGAAUAAAAAAAUAAUGACAAAUUAAGAUUUGGGAAUUCCUUAAAAUUAAACUCAGUUCUGCCUUAAAAUGUGAUUUAAAGGAAUGCUUCGUUUCAAACAUGAUGAAU